CACCUCUGAGGCUCUUCCGGGUGUGAUUUGUUUCGGUGGACUUUCAGAGUCAGCCAGCGUCGCCUGUUUUUCUGCACUUUAAAGUAUAUAUUUCUCAAAAUGAACCGUAUCUUUGGAAAAGGUAAAGCUAAAGGCCCACCGCCGAACCUGACAGACUGCAUUGGAAGCGUCGACUCUCGGGCAGAGUCUAUUGACAAAAAAAUCGCCAGACUCGAUGCUGAGCUUGUGAAGUACAAGGAUCAGAUGAAAAAGAUGAGAGAUGGACCUUCAAAGAACAUGGUGAAACAAAAGGCGAUGAGAGUGUUGAAGCAGAAGAGAAUGUAUGAGAGCCAAAGGGAUAACCUCAUGCAGCAGUCAUUCAACAUGGAACAACAAAACUACACAAUCCAAUCCCUGAAGGACACUAAAACUACAGUUGAUGCGAUGAAAAUUGGCCUCAAAGAUAUGAAGAAAGCAUACAAGAAAGUGGAUAUCAAUAAAGUUGAGGAUCUCCAAGAUCAGUUGGAGGACAUGAUGGAGGAUGCAAAUGAGAUCCAGGAGGCGAUGAGCAGAAGCUACGGCACGCCUGAGAUCGAUGACGAUGACUUGGAAGCAGAGCUGAAUGCUCUGGGAGACGAGUUCCUGCUGGAUGAGGACACUUCGUACCUGGAUGAGGCCUCGUCUGCUCCUUCCAUCCCGGAGGGCCUGCCCGGAGAGAAGUCAACCAACAGGGAUGGUGUUCUGGUGGAUGAGUUUGGCCUUCCUCAGAUUCCGGCUUAAGGAGCAAUCAGAAGAUGUGGCUCAUUUUACAUGUAUCAUAGCUUUAUUUUCCUCCAUGUAUCCAGCUGACACUCCAUUCCUGGCUCCUUUGUCUAACGAAUGAUAUAAACUGUCAUGCAAAAUCAUUUUUAAUUGAAACGGUGAUUUUCAUUCUUCGUGACUGAGCUUGUUUCUCAGUGUUUGAGGUGGCUUUUAGAACUGGGGAUUUUCCUACCGUUGUACAGAUUCUGCAGCAAAAAACCAAAUAAACUAUAUUUUUCAAACACAAA